ACCUACUCCACAGUUAAGUAUAAGUAAUGUAUCAUCUAUCCAUGUAUAGAUGAUACAUCCUAGUAGUUGAAAAGCCAUACCACUAGUGGCCAACAGACUGAUUAUGGUACUGUAUGUACACAAUGUAUAUCUCUUCUAUACUACUUCUUCAUCUUCUUCUUCUUCUUACUCUUUAUUCUUCUCUGCAGAAGUAGGGACAAACUUAUAAAACUUUGGGGUAAAUUUUUUCGAGUCAACAGUUGAUUCAAAACCCGCAUCGUGUUAUAACAUUAUAUUUUAACGUGUUUAGUGAUAAUGUUAUGUUAAUAGUUAAUGUGAUUGUUUCAAAAAUAUAAAUAAACAAAAAAAUGAAAAAAAAAAUAAUUUAGAUAAAUUAAUUAAUUUAUUUAUUGAGAUUUACAAUAAUGAAACAAACUUGGAUUAUUUUUUUAAGUUUUUUUAUUGAAAUCAGUAAAGGCUAUAGAGUUUGGAGCAGUGAUACUGCCUGGAUGGAUCAGAGUGGUAAACAAUGUGAAUCGGCUGUAAAACAAGUUAUCAAUGAAGAUCGAGCAAAAAUAGUUGAUGAUAGUCCAGGAAGACUACAUGCCACUUGGUUAUCGCAAGAGUGUCAAGUACGAACUGGACCAGAAUAUAUUAUUAGAAAAUAUAGAUUUUAUGAAAAUGGAACAUUUACUCUAAUACGACAUCAUUAUGCUGAAGAAUCAUGUAGUAUUGCUACACAUACUGUGGUCGCUACGGGAGUUAUACGACUUUUGUCAUCAUCAGGAUUAGCUCCUGGUGCAACAGAAACUAAAUAUCGGCUGGAUCAUGUUUAUAUAAUUCCAUUAACACCUCAGGUGGCUCACAAGUUCGAACAUCGAGUUAAUAUUAGUUGUACACCCCAAUCUCGUUGGCGAGCAUUUGGGCCCCAAGUUAUUUAUGAAUCACAGUCAUCACAAAGAUAUUUAAAUUUAAAUUUUGAAAUACCAACUCAUUAUCCAAUUAAACGUACUCAAAAAAGUUUACAUCAUCGGAGUAGUUAUAGCAAUAUUAAUAGUUUAAAUUGUCUUGAGUCGUUAGGUAUUGAUUACAAUGAAUUAAAAUUAAUAAGGGUAGAAAAAAAAACAGCUACUUCAACAGCAUUUGCAUUAGGAUUAAAUGGUUAUCCAAGAGUUGAACUUUUAUUGGGUAGUUUACCACCCAAUAGUUACUCCAAAAAAUCUCAUCGUUCUUCUUCAUUGCAACCUACUGCUCUUAUACGCAGUGAUACGACUCGCGGAUGCUUAAUUUGUGGAGCAAUAUUACGGUCAACAAAAAACAAUCCACCACUUUUACAUCAAGUAGCAGCACUACCAGCUUUAUUAGGUGGUUCAUGGAUUUCUUCAAGUUGUGAAAGUUGUGAGGGUGGUUUAUGGAUAAAACGUCAACUACAAUUUUACUCUGGAGAUUUUUUAUGGACAGGCCGUUGGGAUUAUUAUUCAGAUCCAAAGUGUAAUUACUUUUUGUAUACUGUAACAGCAGCUGGAAGUUAUAUCCAACGUCCUGAAAAAUUGAAACACAAUCAAUUUUCAUCUACAGAUGAUGAUGAUAAUAAUAAAGAUUCUUCUUUAAUAAAACAAGCUCACAGUAGCAGUAAUUUAACUAAACGUAGAUCUAAACGUAGAUCUAAACAAGUUCAGGAUAAAGAUUAUUCAAAAUAUGAUAAAUGGCACGUAGAUUGGAUAACAUCUGAUUCUGCAAAAUUACUUGACAUUUUACGAUCUAAUUCUCUGCGUAUGCCAUUGCCGUCAAAUUUAUUUAAAAAUAAUCCACCAAUUCGAUCAAAUAGUCAUUUAAAUAUUAUUAAUAAAUUAAAAAUAUCUGAUAUUGAUACUACUACUACUACUACUAGUAGAACAAUAACUUCUAGUAGUGAUAAAAAAAAUUUUCAAGUAAAUUAUAUCGGUACUCAAAGUGCUACUGAUGAUUCUUAUCGUCAUUUAUUUGAAAAUUCUCAACCAUCGAUGGCUGAAUCUUUUACAAUGAUGUUAAAAGGUAACCAAAAUGAUGAAUCAUCAGUAUCAAAAGUAAAUUCUGAUGAAAGAGAAACUAUUUUAAAUAAAAAAAAAUCAUCUGUUUUAUCCUCUAAAAUACUAACAGGCACAACUGAAUUAGAUUUACAUGUCGCUGAAAGUUUAUUAAUACCAAGGGAUUUAACAAUUGCUAAUAAUUGUGGUGGAAAUAUUGAUGAUAAUGGUUACGGAGGAUUUAUAAUUCGGCCUCUCAAUUAUUGGCCAAGAAAUUGCGUUAAACAUGCAAUAGAAACACCUUCAACAUUAGGAUUAAGAGCUAAAAUAGGGGUUAAUUGGAGUGGCCAAUACACUUUAUUAUUGGGACCACGUGAUGAUAAUCUUUGGGAACCUCCUUUAAGACAAUGUGGAUCUACUCCGUCUUAUAAUUAUGUAUUACGUGCACAUUUAAGAUUAAGUCUUGGAUACAAAUACGGACUAUUUAUUUCUUCUUCUUCUUCUUCUUCUUCUACUUCAUUAAAUACCUUUGCCCUUAAUAAAUAUUAUACCGUUAUGUUUUUUACAUUUAUAUUAUUAUUAUAUUCAUUAAAAAACUAUCAUCAUUUUUUUAUUUUUGAUUCUAUUUUAUCUCCUUUAAUAUUAGGAUUUCCAGAAUAUUUUCCUGCAUUGAAUCGAUUUUGA